AUGAAGGAUGUUGCUCUUUGGACAAUUUCCAAAGUUGUUUUGAAUCACUCACAUCCUUGUUAUCCAGACCAGGCUGAGAUGCUUAAACAACACAGGGAGCUUAGCAUGUUCGUGCGUUGCACCAUUGAAACCCAUGAGGAAGCCGAAAUCAGACCAAGCAAAACUUACCAAUCAUUUGUGGCAGCAGCUGGCAGCCACAGUAAACUAGGUUUUAUAGAAAAAGAUGUCAGAAAUUACAUCAUAAGGGAAGUACGAAAUAUUUCCGAAGAAGACGAUGCCAAAGAAUUUGGGAAAAGCAGGGCUGCAUUUGAUUAUUUUGGAGACGUGGUUUCAUUUGACACCAUGUAUAACACAAACAGGUACAAUUUGGUUUUAGGUUCUUUUGUUGGCGUGAAUCACCAUGGCCAGUCGACACUUCUUGGAUGA